GUAGCUGACUGACUGACUGACUAUAUAUGAUCAAAUGAACAGUAUUUAAGGAAAAUGUAGGGAGAAAAUUUUGUAUCCUGUUAUAUGGCGAACUAAUUUUCAUAAUUUUGUUUCAAGCAUUCGUUUUAUCCUAUCGAAAUAGACGAGAAUAAACUAACAUUGGUUACCAAACAUAAGUUUUGAUCAUAUUUGUAAAAGCUCGUGACUCAUUAUAGUGAAAUAAUUAGAUUUAUUACCUCUAUCUGAGAACACUACUAAAACUACUUUCAUUACAUUUCUUUUUCAUUUAUUAUUAAUUUUCAGUAUUAUUCCCCUUAAUUUCUGUUUACUUCUGUAUACUGUCAAGACAAGUUAACCUGAAGAGAAGCAGCAUUGGAGUUUGAUGCCUGUAUCAAGUGGAUAUGAAUGGUACCUGUGCGGUAUCACAGCCCUCACACGAAGCGAUGAUUACUACUGGCUUCAUUGUUAUUGUGUUUCAUAUGUAUCUAGUGCCCCCUUUUACAAUGUGUGUGUGUUCAAAUAAAUAAAUAAAUCAAAUAUGAGGAUUAGUGAUACUACCCGAUUGCCCAAACCAGCAAAUUAGUGGCUGAAAGUCGAUUGUUUUAACCAUUGGGUCGCCGCUUCGCUUGAGUCUUUUAGACAGAAACUUAUCAUUUAGUGUCAUAAAGGGAACCAGAGUAAAUACUAUAGUCUCAAAUGAUAUGGUUGAAAAUCAAUCUCAUUAGCCUAUGUUUAGUCAUCUUGCAUCAUCAUCUAGCUCUUAAAAUACCCAUUUCUUGAUUUCAUUUAUUCUCUCCGGUUUUCAGCGUUCCUCUACUGUCAGUACUAUUUUCACUAUCUUACUUUUCUUUCUGGUUUCUUCAUUGUGUUUAGUGUGGCCUGUGAUGAGAAACCGUGUAUAUUUGUUUUCUGGUCUCAAUAGAUUUUAUCUGUCUAUCAAUUCAUACUUGAAUUUUGUUCCGCCGGUAUGGUUUGAUGUCUGUUGUUGGUCAUUAACAAAGAUAUAGAACAAAAAUGUAACUUAUUCUGAUAAAUAUGGGUUUAUUUGCCGAGUUAAAUGUAGAGUCUAUUGUGUUGUUAAUCGACUAUCCAGACUGAAGUAAGUAAGGUGUGUUUAAUCCUUUCAUUUGUUCCACCUAGUUAAGUGUCAUAAUCAGUUAACAAUCUAACAGUUGUUACUGUAUUUACUCAGACUUUUCGGUUCUUGUUCGGUGUUAGAGAGAUUCAUUAUUAUAGCUAUCGAGUUGUUGACCCGAUUCCAGUUAUGGCACCAUACAUUUUUCUCCAUAGAAUUGAUAUUUUGCAUGAUAUGAACUUUUUACAGUUACAGAAUUGGAAUUAUCAUGUUGUUCACAUAUGACGCUCCCUAAAAUGUCAUUUUCAUUAGAUACUUAAUCUCCCACUUCAUAUUUGAUCUAUCAACGAUGAUACAUCUGUUUAUUGUACUAUUUCAUAUUUUAGGAGCUUUUAUCAGUAUUCGAAAAGCCUUGUCAUUUUGUUGAUUCCUCAACUUCUACAGUUGAUAGUGCUACCUUAACUGAACCAGACCUCCUUGGACCUUGUGAACCAGGCACAAAAGUUGUUGUAGAAGGUGUGGUAUGGUUAGAAGCUACAGGGAUGCUUGUUCUUAGUCUUCACUGGCGUGGACGAAACUAUAUGGGCACUUUGUUAGAUUCAUCAAAACAAACAUUUGCACCUACUUGCAUGGAUAAAGGUGUCGCUAGUGCAUUGAAUCUCUUACGUGGUCGAAAAUCUUGGUGUGAUCCACACAGAGGUUAUCAAGCUCGUGGCCUUCAUCAUUUUCACCAUCUGCGUCAUCAUCGUCGUGGCGGCGGCAGUACCACUGGCAUAUCAAUGACUACUCGGUCAGCUUCGGCAGCAGCAGCCGCUGCAUCACAAGACUCAAGAGAGGGGAGUGUAGAUUCGAAAGACCAGUCUGUUGUUAAUGAUCCUUAUUCAACUGAGUGUAUUGACCAACCGUAUGUACCUGUAGAGACAAGUUAUAGCAAGAAGUCUGGGAAUGUUGCAUCACAUGAUAUUCCCCAACGUGGAGCUAAAGGACGUAGACGUCGUGGCACUGGUCGAAGACCAGUUCGUCCUAUUGGUGUAGUCUCUCCAUCUCUUGAAUGUUCUAUGAACACAUCUUUGCCCGAAACUAAACAAACCCUCAACGAUGAUGGAGAUAACCAAGCAAACGUUUUGUCAGAUGUUUCAUCUUCAAAAUCCGAUUGUAAAUUACCACUCAGUUGUCCAUUCAAUGGCUGUGAAAAGCGUUUUGCUGAUAUUCUUAGUAUGCGUUUUCAUUUCACAAUGGGACAUCAUAACAUUCAAACCGUAGAAAUGAAAAAUAGGAGAGAAUCUCUUGCUGAGCCUGUUAUUGAUCAGGUUAGAUGGAUAAAAAGUGAAGAUUUUGAUAAUAAUCUUGAAAUAUCUGUUUGUGAUAUCUCUGCUAAUUCAUCUCCUCCACCAAAACUAGCAAGAGCACAUUGUACCAAAGAUAGAAGUAGUGACAGUAACGAAACAAGUUUAGUUUUAACAAAUGGUGAUGAUAUUGAUGAUAAUAUUGAUCCACCGAAACUACAUCGUGUUGUAUCAAUAUCUGAUUCUUUUUCUAAUGCAAAUCCACUUAUUGAUCCAGGUGACUCAAACUCAUCGAAGUUUGAUAAUAAUCACCAGACAACAGAUGUUCUUGACGAACCUCCUACUGCUAGUCCUGCAUAUUCUGAUAUCUCUGAUGACGGUACUGUAUCAUCUACAACUAAUAAUUUCCCAGUUUUAAACUUGGGAAUGGCAGCAAUUGAUGUUCAGAAUUCCAGAGAAGGAAUAUUGAAUUCUCCAUCAAUUUUAUCAAAUCUUUCUAAUCAACCACCUUUACCUCAAGGAUACAUUGAUGUUUCCAGACGCUUAAAUCUAUCUCCACUUAUAUUGUCUUCAUGUUCUACCGUUACUGGAUCUAGUGAGCCGACUAAAUUAUAUUUUCCCGCUAAUUUGUUUUCUCCAACUCUAAAAGGUGUAAGCAAUAUCUUCUAUCAAACUGCAUCUCCAACUAUUAAAACCAUGGAUAAACAGAGUGCAGAAAGUGGAUUAAAACCGAUCAGAAAUAAUAAUUCUCCUACAACUUAUCCUUUUCAGAAAGAAUCGCCUUCCAGAUCCUUGAUAACCAACAAUAACAAUCAUAAUACUAGUUGUAGCAGUAAUCCAUCAGUAUUACAUGAUUUAUCAAGUUCUCAGUCGUCCCCUUCUAAUAGUGCUCCGCUAAUUCCACCAUCAAAUCAUGAUAAUUCCCGACAGCUGACUUUUCUCUCCGUUUCUCCUGGAUUAGUUAUGACUGAGCAAAAUUCACGUCCAUCGUCCACAGGAUCAUUUGUAUCAAAUCCCCUUACUUUUUGUGUUUCACGAAAUUCUCCAGUUCCACCACGACCCGGUUUAUCCGAUCAAGGAUUACUAUCAUCGCAUAAUAAUCAUCAUCCAUUUUAUCAGCAUCACCAGCCUUCUGCACUGUCUAAAUCUUAUGAAUAAACAAUUAGAUACAUGUAUAUGUCUAUUAUUCAAUACAUAAAUGUAUAUUUCAACAUUGUACAAAUGAAUGAGCCAUAUACACAACUUACUACUGGCGUUUACAGUGGCAACAAUAGUAGUACUUGUGUACGUGGCGAUAGCUUGAUCUUAUCCGAUGGAGAAUCAUUAGAGUUGUUAUUUCUCUAUGUGUAUCUAAUUUAUAUUUUAUUAUUCACCCUAUUUCUCAUCAUAUAUUUUUUAGUAUCCUGACAAGAAACAACCAAGUCCCAUCAUUAAUCAAUUGAUGAUAGCAAUAUUCUCGUUCUUCCAUUGUCCAUCUUUCUCUUUUAUCUUCAUCUAUACUUUGUUUUUCUCUGUCUCUCUAUGCAUUGAGAAGAAAGAAUGAUAUUCAAUUUCAAGAAAUCAUGUGGUUGUUGUUGUUGUCGUCAUCUCAUUGUCAUAUUCCUCCUCUCUUUCCUUUCUCUUCUUGAAUCCUUGUUUUUCCAUUGUAAUUUUGUUCUGUUUCUCUUCUGUAUUCCUGUUCCAACUGACUACUUAUCAAUGCUCGCUCACCAAGGGUCUUUCACACAAAAUCCAAAUUACCAUUAUCCUUAUUUGCUACUAUUUAGUCAAUUUUGUAAUUUCUCCUUACAUAUAUACAAGAUAAAAAACUAUGCAUUAUUAUUACUAUUAUUAUUAUUAUGAUAUUUGACCUCCGCCUUGCUGACAAUAUAUCUCCAGUUGAAUAACUGUGAAACUCAAGAAUAAAUGGAUACUAUCUUGGGUUUUUGUUGUCUUCAUCAAAAGUCAAGCAACACUCUAAUAGUAACACUCCUUAAAGUUUCCAGUUUAGGAUAUGGUCUAUAUGAUUAUUCAUUGUAGAAGUACCUUGUUAUUUUUAGUAUUGUUGUAAAAGUGCUUUCUCGUUUUUAUGGAUGAAUGAAUGACUUUUUUUAAACAUUGUAUUCCAAUCUUAUCUUUCCCCUUUGUCCAGGGUUAUUUCGAUACUGAAACAAUAUUGAACCCCAAAGUGAUGGUCACUGUGUUCUCAUUUUUGUACUAUGUUCCAUUUUUUCUUUCGCUUAAUUUUCUUAUAUACCGCAAGAAUCAUUCAACAACAAUCUUCUUUUACAUGGCUCCGAGUUUUCUUUUUGACACCACCAUCCUGUGUGUACCCAUGUUUGUAUGUGGGAAGGAAAAGAGAGAGUUUCACUCAAACCACAUACACGGUACAUGUUACUAUCAUCAAAUUAUCAAGAUAGACCAUUUAAAUAUUUACAUUAGUAGUAGUGAUCAAUUAUAUCUACCUAUUUUGAUUAUUAUUAUUAUUGUUAUUACUGGAAUUGUUGUACUUUUGGUUUUUAUGUCAUGUGUGUAUGUGAAGCACACUAGUUCGGUUUGUACAGAAAGAAAUAAAAACGUCCGUUACUGUUUGUGACGAUGGUCUCCAUUGGUUUGUGUAGUAAUACAAUAAACCCUAUCGGGUGUGAGGCACUUAUUCGCCGAAGUCAGGGGAAGAUUGGCAAUACCGUGGAUUAAUUGAAGUUAUACAUUAACAGCGUUGCAUCCCAGAUUAAGUGUCCACGCGCGAGACCGGAGGUGCUGGGUUCGAUUGGUGGGGCUCGCGGAUAUGAACCUCUGAGCAGUCCUGUACCAUUAGG